CUCAACAGUUACUGCAAACGUAAAUAAUCUGAUCCAUUAGAACUUCGAACACUUUUCUAUUCCAACCACGUAUUUUCAGCCAAGUCGGCCCUUGCUAGCUACUGAGUAAUAUUAACCAACCAACUCAUCCGCAAUGCCAGCUCUACCAGGGAGCUGCUACUGCCAGGCCAUUCGGUACACAAUCACGCUCGACAACCCCGAGUCGGACGCUCGUACUAGCAUCUGCCACUGCGGCAACUGCAAGAAUUUUACUGGCGGAAAUUACGGCAUCACAACCAAGAUCCCCAAGUCGUCGUUUAAGAUCACCCAGGGCCAAGACCACAUCAAAGUCCACGAGGCGGAUAACGGUAGCGGGGUUGAGCUGCAUCGGGAGUUUUGUGGCACUUGUGGUGGAAGUUUGCUCGAGUAUGGCGCUAAUGCUGGAAAUUUCAUAUACAUAUUCUAUGGUACUAUGGAAGAUCAUACUCGUGGCCAGCUAGAGCCAAAGGGCGAGUUCUUCUGCAUGAUGAGGGACCCUUGGAUGCCUGAGAUACAGGGCCUCUUCCACAAGGAGAAGAUAAAGGAGUGAAUGAGCAUCUCGACCCAUAAUGUCGAUCGCUCAUUACAUUACCCCGGCCACUAGGUUGUGUGGCCUGAGAUAGUCCAGAAGGCUCAUCAUAAUGAUCCUUACCCUUGUAUGAGCAUCCAAUCCACACUACCACGGUCGACUGACAAGCCCAUUUGCUGAAUAUUGACGGUCUUCCUGGUGCACCAUUACUGAACCCAAGAGCUUAGCCACAUGAGUACCAUGCCAACGCGUCGGAAGAUACUAGGACCGCCAGGGACAUACUCGUGAAGUAAAACCCAAUGAUACAACCGAACAUGGUUGUUAUGUUUUGUCAAGUCUUAGACUUUAUCAGUAUUGAAUCUUUGGAGCAUGGAUUUGUAGCUUGUAGGUGGUGUGGCAGACUUCAAGAAGACACUGGUAAAGCCGCAAUAGGGGCUUCUAACUGAGGGGAUCAAAAUCAAAGUCGACCAACUGCUACUCUACUUG